AUGGCAUCAAUUGAUGAAGGAAUAUCGUCAUCCUCGUCAGUUCCCAAUCCAACAAAUGCACUUGUUUUACCAAAUAUUUUGUAUCCUGUAAUUGAUCAAAUGGAUAAAUCAGGUUAUAAAGAUAUACAAUCCGAAAUACGUACAACAUUAUUUAAAUUAGAAGAAAUUUAUCCAGGUUUUUCUCGUAGUUUUGUUCAAUCAUUUAUAAAUAAAGAAAUACCAUCAUUAUCAACAACAACAAAUAUGAAUGAAUUAACACUUAAACUUGAAAAAUAUUGUGAUAAAACACCUUAUUUUAUAUCACCAGUACAUAAUGAACAAGUCUUUCAUGAAUUAAAUUUUCGUACAAAAAAUCUUAAACGUAUAUUAAGUCGUAUACCGGAUGAUAUUAAUGAAAAACGUGAAUUUCUUGAAACAAUUAAAGAAAUUGCAAGUGCAAUUAAAAAAACACUUGAUAGUGUUACAAAUACUUUACAAUAUUUUAAAACAAAUGAUGGACGACAAGCAUUAGAAAAUGAAAAAAAAGAAUUUAUUAAAUAUAGUAAAAAUUUUAGUAAUACAUUAAAAGCUUAUUUUCGAGAUAGUAAACGUGAUGAUGUUUAUAUAGCAGCAAAUCAUUUACUUAUUCAAAUUGAUUAUCUUUUACGUACAAUUAAACUUUAUUGUGAAACUGAUACAUUAGAUGAAUGUUUAUAUCCAUUGUUGUCUCAACAUCAAAAUCAAAUUAAAAUGAUAUCAUCAUCACGUCAUUCAUCGAAUAAUCAACAACAAUAUAAUAUAAGACAAUCGUCUACUUCAUCAAAUACUCGACAAUCUUCAACAUAUGAAACAAAUUAUUCAUAA